CUACCAGAAAGGUCCACUACGUUUGUUUAUCUAUAGGCAAAUCCACACUAAUGUUUUUGUGUUCUUUUUUUCCUCUUUAGAUACACAAAUAUGUUGUCAAAACCAAACCUAAAUGCAUGCAUUUCUGUAAGCAAAGGCAUUGCGAUUAGAAAGAAAAGUUUGUGUGCAGUGAGAGCUGUAAAUUGCGUAUAACCACAAUCAGAUUACCUCUGUAAUUUACUUAAUUAGUAAUUAAUAAGUAAUUAAUAAUUUAACAAUUAGAGGAGAGGCAAUCGCCAAACCAACCAACCGUACGAUUGAAUUUGACGAAAACGACGUCGCGUCCGCCAUUUUCUUCUUCCUUGAAGCAAUAGCUUCUUCACUUCAGAUCUCUUCUUCUUCUUCUUCGUUGCCACUGCCCCAAUUAACUCUGUCUAUCUCUCUCUUCAUCCCCUAGAUUGAAACUAAUUGCAAUUGGAGUGUAUAUUGCAGUAUCUAGUUUUUGAAUCUCUGGGUAUUCCUUUAUGGAUCCAGUAGAUAUGGUUGUGUCACAGCCAAUUACGCCUGGUCAGGUUUCGUUUCUGCUUGGAGUCAUUCCUCUUAUGAUAGCAUGGCUAUACUCGGAAUUUCUGGAGUAUAGGAGGUCUUCUUUUCACGCUAAAGUUCAUUCAGAUAAGAAUUUGGUUGAACUGGAAAUGGUGACGAACAAAGAGGAUGAAGGAACAGUUUUAAUGGAAGGAGGUCUUCCAAGAUCUGCCUCUUCAAAGUUUUAUAGCUCACCAAUCAAAACAAAUUUGAUUAGGUUUCUGACUUUGGAAGACUCUUUCUUGCUUGAAAACCGAGCAACCUUGAGAGCAAUGGCUGAGUUUGGAGCAAUUCUUUUAUAUUUUUAUAUUUGUGAUCGAACUAGCUUGAUCGGGCAGUCUCAAAAGAAUUACAGCCGAGACCUUUUUCUCUUUCUCUUCUGUCUUCUCAUCAUAGUGUCAGCUAUGACGUCCUUGAAGAAACACACUGACAAGUCACCAAUAACAGGAAAGUCCAUUCUGUAUCUCAAUCGUCACCAGACUGAAGAAUGGAAAGGGUGGAUGCAGGUUCUAUUUCUGAUGUAUCAUUAUUUUGCGGCAGUUGAGUUUUACAAUGCAAUCAGGGUCUUCAUCGCUGGCUAUGUGUGGAUGACCGGUUUUGGGAACUUCUCUUAUUACUAUAUCCGAAAGGAUUUCUCCCUUGCACGAUUCACUCAGAUGAUGUGGCGGCUUAACUUUUUUGUGGCGUUUUGUUGCAUUAUUCUCAACAAUGACUAUAUGCUGUACUACAUCUGUCCAAUGCACACUCUAUUCACGCUGAUGGUCUAUGGAGCCCUUGGUAUUUACAGUCAGUAUAACGAAAUAGCAUCAGUGAUGGCUCUGAAGAUUGCUUCAUGCUUUCUCGUGGUUAUCCUUAUGUGGGAGAUUCCUGGAGUUUUUGAGAUUUUCUGGAGUCCUCUGGCAUUCUUACUGGGGUACACAGAUCCAGCUAAACCAGACCUUCCACGUCUACACGAAUGGCAUUUCAGAUCUGGACUUGAUCGCUACAUAUGGAUCAUCGGCAUGAUAUAUGCAUAUUUUCAUCCCACUGUAGAAAGAUGGAUGGAGAAAUUGGAGGAGUGUGAUGCUAAGAGAAGGAUGUCAAUCAAGACAAGCAUAAUAGGAAUUUCUUCAUUCGCUGGUUACCUUUGGUAUGAAUACAUCUACAAGCUGGACAAGGUUACGUACAACAAAUAUCAUCCCUACACAUCUUGGAUUCCAAUAACUGUCUACAUCUGUCUGCGAAAUUGCACCCAACAGCUACGGAGAUUUUCCCUGACACUCUUUGCGUGGCUGGGCAAGAUAACUCUCGAGACCUACAUUUCACAGUUUCACAUCUGGUUAAGAUCGAGUGUGCCAAAUGGGCAGCCAAAGUUGCUAUUAUCAAUCAUCCCAGAAUACCCAAUGCUCAACUUCAUGCUCACCACGGCCAUCUACGUCUUGGUAUCUGUUCGACUUUUCGAGCUAACCAAUACAUUAAAAUCAGUUUUCAUACCCACGAAAGACGACAAACGGCUGCUCCACAACGUGAUUGCUAUGGCUGCGAUAUCAUUUUGUUUAUAUAUUAUCGGUCUUAUUCUUCUCUUGAUCCCACAUUAACUUUUGUACUAGUCCCUGAUCCCUUAUUGUCCAGUUGCACCAUUAUCAAAAAGGAUGACGACUCUGAACAAAUGUUUCCAUUACAGAAGAGACGUCACAAACCUGAGAAACACAAAGUUAAAGUUAGUUGCACAGAGAAAAAAGCUUUUACUACUAUAUCAAACGUGCAAACACAUAUAAUACUACUAUAUACAGUUAAAAAGAUUGAUUCUAUAGAGAAGGACAUGCGGUACUAGAAAAGUUUGCAGUUUAAGGAAACCUUACCAGAUGCGACUGUUAUAUAUAGUACAUUAUCUGUU